GCAGCCAGUCCAAAGGCCAGAUGUGCGGCGGCUCUAGUCGCACACGUGCGAGAGAGACGAUCACGACACGGCGUGCGGUACUCCCGCAACGCGAUUCACGCAUCAACUUUUUAUGAUUUCGCACUAAGAUCGCCCGGCUCAACAGUGAAUUCGUCGACGAUUAUUUCACCGCGAGGAACAAAGUACGCGCGACGAUAAAACACAUCCGGACAGGGUGACGACUACACUGGAGGGACCGUUUCGUUCGUCCUGCUCUCAGCUUCCGAAAGGGAGGGAAAGGGCAACGAACUCUUGCCGGCGGAUAUCUAGUACCCUGAAACUCCGUCGUAUGCUAAUCCUCGAAAAUAGUCGUACGAAGCACGCAAGAAGAAAUAUCGAAUUUCGGAAUUGUUCGGGGGUGAUCGAAUAGUGGAUUUUUUGUGGUACACGUGCAGCUCGGAACCACCAGCCAUUCGCGGGAGUGGUGGUAACGGAGCAGAGAUCAGUGGGGCUCCUAGGUGCAACGUUUUGCUCAGAGAUCUGGCAAGUGUAUUAAUUGCCUUUAAGUGAUUUCACGAGGGAGGGGCAUCCCGGAUCAUGUCGGGAAUACGAAUCAACGUGGAAGAGGCCUCCAACGACGAACGCGAGGAUAUCGUUCGAGACAUCGAGGCGACGGCGACGGCGACGGCGACUACGACGGCGGUAGCGGGUAGCCCGCUUUCCUGGCACAUCCCAAGGCCAUCGUUGGUCGGACGAAGCGAGAGGGACAGCGAAAAUGGUAGCUGGGCUCAUCAUCUGCACCCGAACUCCCCUUCGCGAGGAUCCACAUCGUCCCAAGGAUCUACCGCCAGUACACACAGUGCCGCGUCGGGCACGUUACUAUUGACAGCCGCGAAUCUCGCGAAUCUCGCGGCUAUUCAUCCGCCAUCGGUGACCACGCCGAAACAGAUGGACACUGCCUCGGUGGCGAGUAGCACUCACUUCACUGUUGUGAACGGACUAGGCAGACCAACGACCGUCCACAGGAAAUCCUGCUGCGCGAGAAACCAGCUCACCGUGCUCGUUUGCACGAUGAGCUUCCUAUUCAUGGUCGGUCUGCUACUCGGAAUCCUUUACAUGGAAAUGAGAAUUCGCGACAAAUAUCACUAAGGCCGAAGUAGAUGAAAAUUAACGAUGCACGAACGAAUCAACGAAGCGACGAACAAGACGGAACAACUACGAAGAAUGGAAACGAGCGAAACAGAGAGGCAGAAAAGUUUCCUCGAAGACACAAAUUGGCGAACGUUCUUCGUUAUCAACGACCGUCUUAUUUCUAUUUACAAUGUACAUGUGUAUUUUCAAACACUUUGAGCGUUAGGACAACUCGAAAAUUAGACGUUCUCGUUUAGAGAUAAAAUUUCGACGGAUGUAUUCACAGUGUUCGACGCGUGGUACGUAAAAACUCAGUAAUUACAUUCCUGUAAUGAACUUUGUUUUAGAAGACACGAACGACGUAGCUCAACGCGAACGUAACCCGUUUGGAGCGCUCAAGCAUUCCACGCAAGGACUGACGAGUCCUCUAGAACCUUUAAUUCUACGUAUUUUAUUUUUCUCUUUUCUCACCAAGAGAGACGACGAUGCAACGACUAAUAUGCUUUCUUCCAUUCGAGCCGAUCUGGCGAAUUUUCGAUCGAUCGCAGGUUCAUGAAUCGGAUUAAUACCAUCUUAAACCGAUAAGGACAAAGGACGGUGCAACUGUUCAAGAUCGAUCGCGUAACAAGAUAGCGACGUCAUCGUCUAACAAAGUUACACAAGUCGUAUAAAUACUUGUUCGAUUAAUAUUAAUGGACAGUUCGGAGCAAUCGACGAAACAGGAGUAAACUAAGCGGAUGUUACUUUAGAGGUCGUUAUUUAAUUGUUACUAACAAAACGCCUGAAUGAAACCCAGAUUCUGUGAGGGUGUCGUUUCAGGAAAAAUGUACGGAAAAGCAACGAGGAGCGAACGUGUCAAUCGCUUCUCGCAACUGUGAUAUUACUUGCGUAUUAAUUAAUCGUCGAUUCAACAAGAAACUGUCGUACCAUAAGGUAAACGAUACGGUUGUUUUAUUUUACCUCUCCCCAGUCCUCCCAAGAUGAAUAGAUUCGCCAAUUGAAAAACGUAUUUAAUCAAACAAUUUAACACUUUGGCUGCCACGUCACCCAUAUAUGGGCGACAAGA